CUGAUUGUGAAGCCAUCGAGAGUAGGUCGGUUAUAUCAUUCGGUCAUUCAUUGUGAUUGAAACCACCAGUCAAUAAGCAUGCAAUUACUACUAGUUGUGUUAGCGGUCAUUCAAUUGGUAUGGGCUGGACCAUUGCCAAAGGAAUAUGUAGCGAAUACGGCUGAGAACUUGGCACUCAUCAAAUCCGGAGACUACAAGCAAAACAUUGAAUCACUUGGUGGUCAAUUCGAAGGCGACAUGAUACUUGACGAGAGACAAAAACGCGCCCUGUUAGGUCUGGAAAAAACUGGACUAAUUAAUUUGAACUAUCGCUGGCCGGACGCAGUUGUUCCAUAUGUGUAUGCUGAUGGUUAUUUCACUCAAGCUCAAAUCGAACACAUUGAACGUGAAUUAAGAUUGAUUGAGGCAGCUAGUUGCGUUCGCUUCGUUCAACGCACCGACGAAGCGAAUUAUGUUGAAGUGAUUGGCGAAGCUAGUGGCUGUUGGUCACAAGUCGGUAACCUGAGACGCGGCCGUCAGCAAUUGAAUCUUCAACUGUUCGAACCGGGAACUGGUUGUUUCCGUAAUGGUACAGCUGCCCAUGAAUUUCUGCACACACUCGGAUUCUAUCACAUGCAAAGUGCAACGGAAAGAGACGAAUACGUUACCAUUGCAUGGGACAAUAUUAUUCCGGGAAUGGAACAUAAUUUCAACAUAUUUGAUGCCAAUGUGAUAACGAAUUUCGGUGUUAAAUACGAUGUGCUCAGUCUGAUGCACUAUAACGCUUAUGGAUUCACUAGAAAUGGAUUCGCGACAAUUGUUCCGCAUGAUAUCAGUUUGAUUGAUGGUAUGGGUAAUUCCGGCGGUAUGACUGACUUAGAUAAACAACGUUUGAAUGCUAUGUACUGCUCAGCCACGCACUAAAAAUAAAUUGGAAAUUUUUUGAAAUAAAUCUUUCGAACUAACUAUCU